UGACUCCUCCUCUCUCCUCUCCUCCACCCCCCCCCCCCCCCCCCCCUUUUUCUUCCCCCCAAAUUGCCAAAACCCGCGAAUCCGCGUCCGUCGAAGCGGGAGGCGGAGGCCGCAGGCCGCAGCCAAGGAGAGGCAAAAGGCGCCUCUCUCGCUCGCGCACGCCACGCCGCGCGCGCUCUCACUCUCCCCCCUUCUCUCUCUCUCCAAUUCCUCCCUCUCGCCCGCGAUGGCGACGCCCCGCGCCCCGCCCCAGGCGGCCGUCCCCGGAGGAGGGGCCGGUGCCACCGCCGGUGGGGUCACCAUGCGGAUGUUCCACGGCGACGUGUUCCUCGGCGAGGCGGAGGUGUUCCCGAUGAAGCAGGGGGCCGAGGGGAGCCUGCCGUUCCCGAGCAACGAGAUCCGCAUCAGCCACCUCUCGCCGACGAGCGAGCGGUGCCCGCCGCUCGCCAUCCUGCAGACCAUCGCGCCCUUCUCCGUGCGAUGCAAGCUCCAGGCCAAGCUGAUGCCUCCCCACCCGAGCCUACACCGCCUCUACCUCACUUGCUUCAACGAGUACAAGAGCGCAGUGGUAGUAGUUGGAGAUGAGGAGCUACACCUAGUGGCAAUGCCGAGCAAGGUGGAGAAGGUGCCAUGCUUUUGGUGCUGUUCAGUACGCUCUGGGAUCUAUGCAGCAUCUGUUGGGAUGCUGAACUUGCGGUGCCUUGCUAUCGUAUUUGAUCUCGAUGAAACCCUUAUUGUCGCUAACACAAUGAAGUCCUUUGAGGACCGGAUCGAGAUGCUUUCCCGUAGGAUGGAUAUUGAAGACGACCCCGUCAGGAUAGCAGGGAUGUCUGCAGAAAUCAAGCGGUAUAUUGAGGACAGGGAGCUGCUCAAGGAGUUCAUUGACACAGAUACAGUUACAGAUAAUGGCAGAAUCGUUGGGACCCAAAAGGAGGAAGUUCUGCCUAUCUCUGGUGGGCAGGAGCGUGUUCUCCGGCCUGUUAUCAGGCUGCCAGAAAGGAAUGCGAUUCUAACUCGCAUAAAUCCAGAGGUUCGCGAUACUAGUGUUUUUGUAAAGCUAAGGCCUGCUUGGGAGGAUUUGAGAAGUUACCUGACUGCUAAGGGACGCAAACGAUUUGAGGUCUAUGUAUGUACAAUGGCUGAGAGAGAUUAUGCUCUUGAGAUGUGGAGGCUUCUUGAUCCAGAAGCCAACUUGAUAAGCUCUCAUAACCUUGCAGAGCGUGUAGUAUGUGUAAAGUCAGGUUCGAAAAAGUGUCUGCAGAAUGUUUUUAAAGACAAAGGAUGCCAUCCGAAGAUGGCCAUGGUAAUUGAUGACCGACUGCAGGUUUGGGAUGAGAAGGAUCAACCUCGAGUUCAUGUUGUCCCAGCAUAUACUCCAUAUUAUGCCCCACAAGCUGAGAUGGCAAAUGCUGUGCCUGUGCUUUGUGUUGCAAGAAAUGUUGCUUGCAAUGUUCGUGGUGGUUUCUUCAGAGAGUUCGAUGAAAAUCUAUUGAGAAAAGUGUUUGAACUAAUGUAUGAAAAUGAGUUGCUAGAUCUUCCAUAUGCUCCUGAUGUUGGUGACUACUUAGUCUGUGAGGACACUAAUUUUGCACCAAACAAUAAGGAUGUUGCCCCUAUACCUGAGGGUAUGAGUGGAGCUGAAGUAGGGAAGAGGUUGAAUGGGCUGGCAUAUCCUAGAGACCAGAAACAAAUACCAUCAUCAACCCGUUUGUCAGAUGACGACGGAGUGGCACUCCGUGGCAUUCCAGGUGGUACAAAUAUCCAAUCUAACGGGGGAUCAUUGGCAACAACCCCCUCAUUAUUUGUCACGGUGUUGCAAGAAAUUGGACGGCUGUGCGAAUCCAGGGUGGAGUUCAGGUCUACUGUAAGCAGUGGAAAAAACAUGCAAUUUUCUGUUGAGGUUCUAUUUAGUAAUGAAAAAAUCGGGAUCGGCAUUGGAAAAACAAGAGAUGAAGCCCAAGUACUAGCUGCUGAAAAAGCUCUCCAGAAUUUGGAAAGCAAUUACUUGUCAUUCAUGGCUCCUGUUGCUGGAGUUCUUAAUAAAGAUGUGAACAAGCCUCCUGGGAGUGGAAAUGGCUUUCUCGAAGAUAUUACUCUCUCAGAGGAUAUUUCUAUGGAAGAGCCAUCUGGAAGUACAUUAAAAGAACAGGAUCAUUCAAAAGCUUUGGAUAGGUUGUCCUCUGUUAUAAGUCUUAUUAGAGAACUUUGCUUGGAGGACCAACAUGUAGUAUUUCGCGAUCAAGUACGGGAUUCUGGCUCAGCAUUAAAUGGAGAAUACCAUUUCCAGGCUGAAUUAGGAGGACAAAUUCUUGGGAGGGGCAUUGAUUUGAACAAAGAUUUUGCGAAGCUUCAGGCUGCAGAAGAGGCGCUGAAGACCUUGAAAACAACUACGGACCCACAAAUCAAGAAGCAUUUGAGACCAGUAAGAUGCAACAGCUGAAUUUCCCCUUAUAUCCCACAGAGGUGAGUUUGAUAAUGUUGAAAUGUGAGGCCAGCUGUUGAUAACAUGCCAUUUUCAAAAUUGUGGCAUUCUGGCAAUCCAUUGGUUUAUUACUGGAAGCGCUUCUCCAAUUAUGGUUGGCUGGCUGCCUCUUGAACCAUGAUUUUCAUGCAAAGUGUUUUUUGCCUCUCCGAGUUUAGAAGGUGAUAAAUUAUAGAGAAUUGGGCAUGGUGCAUCGUGGAUUCUGUUGACCUUGGACCGUUUGCUCCAUACAACCAAAGCUGUAAUCUUCACAGGAUACUGGCGUAGUUGGAUAGCUGUAAACAGGUAGGGGUAGGGGUAUGUCAUGAAUAUUGACUGUUUCCUUGACGGAUACAGUUAUUUGUAAACAAGUUAGUUUAAUUAAAGUGGAAUGUCCACGCUGAUAUUUCACGUUUACAUGUUUUAAA